CCAUGGGUCCAAGAAUCUCGUUCUCGAACGAUUUUGCCGAUUCCCAACAGCCCAGUACGAAGCUCGAAAACAGCUACAGGGAAGCCCCCGUUUCUUCAGAUUUCGCGUUUUCCGUACCUAACUACAGCAUGAUCUCUGCUGACGAGGUUUUCUUCAAGGGCAAAAUGGUCCCAUCCAAAGAUAAUAACAAUUGCGCGAAAACCACUACUCUUAGGGAUGAGCUUCUCGGAGGUAGUGACGACGAUUAUGAUGACGUGUCGUCCAGGUUGGUGGCGAAAGGUAGUUGCCGGUGGAGAGAGAGAUUAGGGUUGAAGAGAUCUUCGCAUGUUGUCGUAGCUAAGAAAUCCGAUAAGAGUAUUAGCGAUGGAUCUAACUUGAAAAGUAUCGACGAAAUGAAGAUUUCCGAGAAUGCUUAUUGAGGAUGAUGUUCAUGUCACCUUUAAAGGUAUGUCUU